UUUUCAGCCUUCGAACAAGGGGAAAGCCAAUUUGGAGCAACUCUAGGCCGCUCUUGUUUGCUCCCAAAAGGGGUGUUGUGACUUGCCCAUGUUGGUCCAAGCAGUGGCCACCUGUGUGGCCUCUCCAAAAAUGUAGUCGGAGCCUGAGCUUUCACCUCCCAGUGGCCUUCAUAAGCAACGAAUCUCCACAACGUAGCUCACAGCCAAACUCUGGAUACAACACGUUCUCUCGAGCUCCAAAAGCCCCAGUGAAACUCGUCAAAAGUGAGUGGAUGUGGCUCCCUCUCCGUACCUUUGACCGGCUCAUUUGCUCUAUAUAGGGCGGGAAUUUUCGGUGCCACAAUUUAUGCGAACAGCUUUUUUUUAUUUUGACUCACUCACUGUAAGCUCGGGCCUCAUUAAAAAGGGACAUCCCUCGCAUCCCCCAACUCUUCCCUGAACGCCCACCUUGCUCGUCUCAACAGCCUCAGCCAUGGCACUGUCACCGAUUAACACCUCCAACCAGAAGCGUGCUCGCCCGGAAGAUCUGGAGCAGAAUCACUACACUUUGGCUGGUGGACGUCGUAUUUGGGUCCGCACGGACGAGCAUACGCUCGAGGCCAUGGAACAUUUCGAAGACUGCGUGCCUACUUGGCCGUCUCCGCGAUCUGCUACUCGACAUGUCGAUAUAAACUACUACGACCGCUGCCCCAUUCCUACUGUACAUCCGUCACUCACCCUUCCCCAGGACACCGCGCCAGCGUACGAUCCGCGAAGGAUGUCUAGUGCAACGUCUCUUUCGCCUCCGCCUCCGCCUCUUCCUUCUGCACCAACGCACGAAUCGCGGCCCGCCCGUCCUCGUCCUCAAGACUUCCGGCCAAGUUCAGGAAUACGCCAGCAUUCAGCUCCGCCGCUUCAGCGACGUCCCGCACCGGCAAUGCAGAUCGAGAAGUCCUGUCGCGGUAGGCCUCCUUUUCCCGCGCAGAAGCCUAUGUACGAAGGCCCCAACACACUGAAUGAAGAACGUCCUGUGCCGCCUGAAGAUAUACCUAUGCCUCCCGACUGGCUCGUGAAGCGGCUCAUGCAGCGCGGGGAUCCGUUUCCUCAAUAUCGAGCGCCACCGGUGCCCGGACGACGUUUGCACGGGACGCGGGACCAAUGUCUCAGUUACGCAGACGAAGAGAGACAACACGCUCCGCAGUACACCGCUCGCUGGACACGCGCCAAGCUAAAGGAUGCACAUCCGCGGAGCAGGAACACAUCCCGCCGAAACUGUGCUUCUCCAGUUGAACAUGACGAAGCAUACGGUACCAAAGACGUCGAGAAUAUACCUCCACGUCGUGCUUCAGUGGCGGAGGAAGAAGACGACGAUGGCUACGUUCCGCGAUGGGAAGCGCUGUCUGGCGAAAGUCGAGCUCUAUCAUUAGAAACCGGGAAAUGGAACACGCACCGGACAAUGUCUACGCGGUGUUUGAAUCAGAUGCCUGUGGUGCCUACGAGCGAGUACAGAGACGAGCUUGCGUUCGAAGCUCAAUCCGAGCAGGCCGAUGCCACUUCCGCGCGGCUCGGAAGGGAGAUCGAGAGCAAGCGCCUGGAACCGCAACAUGAGGCGCUCAUCACCUUUCGCCUCGAGUAAG